UCGUAAAAUUGAAGAACUAAAAGUCAUAAGCCUAUCAGGAUUGAUCAGGAUUUCAUAUGUCAAAUUGUUGCUAUAACCCCAAAUUUAUUUCAUAAAAAUAUAUACAAUGCAAUACAAUGUUUGUUUAUAAUUAAUUGUGAUUUGUAAACAAAAAAAAUAUUAUAAUGAGUGAAAAAUUGUGUUUAAUGAGAUCAUUACCACCUCUUGUCGAGGGUAGAGUUCAUGGUUAUGUUGAUUUAAUGAUUGAUGAAAUAAUAUUGAAUAAAAAUAUAACACAAAACAAUGUAAUUGUCAUGGCAAAUUGGUGGGGUGAAACUGACAGUGCUAAAUUCAAACCACUUGAUAUAAACAAUUACCAUCACUAUCCAAAACAAACAAAUAUCUUGACAACAUAUUCUAUCAAAACAAACAUUGACUUGUUCAAGGAAUAUUUGAACAACAGUGAGGCUAUUGAACUUGUUGUUUUGACAGAAGAGCAUCAACAAGUUCUUGGUACAGCUCAAAUAACUGGUCUUCUAGAUAUUUUUUUAAAUAAAACUUUUUCACAAUAUUUACCUAUUUUUGAUGAAAAUACUGAAAAAAUUGGUGAUGUUCAUGUCGAACUUACUCUGGAUAUUCUUCACAAAGAUAAAAAAACAAAAGAACACAAAUUAAAAGCUGAGAUUAAAGAUCUAGCUGUCAGUAGUGAACCAGAUAUAUCAAGACAAUUAAAUUUUUACAAUUCAAAAUUAAAAUCAAGCAGAAAUGAUUACAACACUGCAGUAUCUUUGAGUUUAAAUAAUUUACAAAAUAAUGAUGAUAAUAUUUACAGAUCAAUAUUAAAAGAAAAAAGAUACAAUGUAAAUUCAUCAAGAUCAAAAUUUGAUGCUGAUAUAACUGAUAAACUUGUUGCCCAGGUUGUUGCAAGAGCUAAAAAAUUACGUGGUGUUUUAAAACAAGAAACAAAUAGUUAUUAUGAUGACGAUGACGAUGAUGUUAAUCAUCUUGAUAUAAUGAAAAUAAAUUCAAGUUUUGAAACAUCAAUACCAGCUGAAAAUGAAGCUGUUCUUUAUAAAUAUUUUACGGGUGAAAAAAUGACUAAAACAAAUGAACAAAAAGCAUUAAAAACACUUCGUUCAUAUUCACCAACACAAAGUUUAAUUGAAUUGGCUGCUGAAACAGUUGGUAAUAAUAAAACGAAUAAAAAUUAUACAAAUGAAAAACAACAUCGACAAACAACAGAUAAUUAUAAUCAAGAAAAUAAUAACGAUCAGCGUUUAAAUAAAAAAAUAUUAAAUCCAAUUGAUUAUGUUGAUAGUUUGAGAAUAGCAGUUGAAUCAUUUACCCUGACAUCAGCUGGUUAUCGUCGUGUUAAAUCAUCAUGUUUAUCACGUGGUGAUCAAGUACCAGUAUCAGUCACCUAUUUCGUUCAAUACAAUGGCUCAUUUGGUAAAAAGAAAACCAACAAAACAUCAACGAGUGAUAAAAAGUUAGUUAAAAUGACAUCAAAAAAACAAAUUGACCAAACUAUUUAUUUUAAUCACGAAGCUGUUUAUGAUUUGCAAAAAAAUUAUUUACACAUGGAUAUGCCACUUAAAUUUAGUAUUUAUAAUCGUCAUUUAAAUCAACGUACACCAACAGAGCUUGGUAUUGGCUCAAUUUACAUUGGUGAUGCAUCAAAUUCAUCAUCACUAAGUUCAACUCAACGUCUUGCUAUUAUAAAAAAAGGUAUUAAAGUUGGUGAACUCAAAGUAACUGUUGAACUUGGCUGUGAUAAAAUACAUUUUGGCAAAAAUUUUGUUGAAGCUGUUACAUCAGCUAAAGAAAAUAUACCAGUUUUUGAUAAUUCAAGUUCAAAUUCAAGCUCAAAUAAUACACCAGUACUUGAUAAAUCAAAUUAUAAAUUUAAAACAUUAACUGGUAAUAAUAAUACAAAUAAUAAAUCACAACAUAAUACUUGCUCAACAACACCAACAACAACAACAUCAUCAGUACCAUCAACAGCAACAGCAACAACAACAACAACUGAUAAAAAUACAAAAUCAAGCAAAAAAGAUAAACCAAUUAUUAAAGUUGGUAUUAAAAAAAAUUUAGAAGAAAAAAUAUUACUUCAUGGAUUAAUUUACAUUGGUGAAGGUGUUGAUAUACCAUCAACAAGUACAUAUCUUGUUUGUCGUGCAUUUUGGCGAGAGGAUCGUUCAUCAAGCCAAGUAUGUAAUGACACAACAAAUCCAUUUUAUAAUUUUCAUCAACUUGUUCCAUUAAUUUACGGUCAAGAACUUCUUGAAAGAACAAAAGACAAUUGUAUUAUAACUGAGGUUUAUUCUAAAAAUCCAACUGGUGAAGAUCAUUUUAUUGGUAUUAUUAAAUUAUCACUUCAUCAGUUAUAUUUGGCAUUUAAAGAUCCACUUGUUUUGUCACAUUUACUUGUAUCAAAAUAUCCAGUAAUAAGUGUUGAUGGAUGGGUGCCAAUAAAUCAUCCAGUAACUGGUAAAUCAUGCGGAAAAGUAUCAGCAAUUGUUGCACUUGGAACUGCUGAACAAAUUGCAUUUUUAGAAAUGAUCAGAGGUCUUCGUGAUUCAUCAGUUAGUGGUGGUGGUAGAAGAAUAUCAGAUCGUCAAGAAUCAAACAGUAAAAUAAAUAAACAUUGUCAGACUGAAUUAAGUCCAGCUAUUGAUAAAAAUAAAAAUCAAAUGACAAAACAAAAUGAUGAUAAUAAUACAGGUGAUAAAAAUAGUGUGUUACUCAAUGCAAUUGUUAAUAAAUUAGCACAAGCACUUACUGUACCAAAAACAAUGAGUACAAAUCAACAAGUACAAACGUCAUUCAAUUAUUCUGCUGAUAAAAAUAUUGAUGAUCAUUGUCAACAAUUAAAUUGUGUUGAAGAAAAUAAUGACAAUCAUAUUGAUAAUUUUAAUAUUGAGCUACAUCGAAGUGUUGGAGUUGGAGCUGAAUUUAUUGAACCUUCCAAUCAACCAAAUUCAAAUGAUGUUAGCACAAUUAUGUCACAAGUUAAUGGACCAAUUGAUGAAAUAAAAAAUAAUGAGUUAUCAGUUAUAGAUGAAAAUGAUGGUAAUCAAGGAAUUAAUGAUUUUGAAAUAGUUGAAAAUGGAUUAUUCAGAGCUGUUGUUGAAAUUGAUUGUGCUUUGCAUUUACCACAAGUUGAAUUAAUGGGAAAGUCUGUUGAUCCUUGCACUUAUGUUGCAUUCAAAGAUAUCAAGAGUUGUUCUGAUGACAUGAAAAUCAUUGAAACACAAAAUUUAUUUACAAAUAUAUGCUUAUUUGAUUGUAAUCCAAAAUACAAUUGGCAAUCUCAUGUUAAAUUAUCAAAUGAUUUAUUAAUAAGUGAUGAAAAAAAACUCGUACUAAAAGUUUGUCGUUUGGUUGAUGAUAAAAUUGAUAUUGAUAAAGACAUUGUCAUUGGCUUUGCAACAAUUGAUUUGUCAGUAUUGACUUCUGGAUUUUUAAUGGUUUCUGGAUGGUUUCAUAUUAUUGAUUUUAAUGGAAAAUGCAAUGGACAAAUUAAGAUCAGUGUAAGACCACUUGACAAUAUUUCAACAUUGAAAAAAAAUGAAAUAAAUUCAAUUCCAGCUUGUCAAUCAAAUUUAUCAUCAGUUAAUUAUAAUUUUACUGAUAAAAAUUAUGAAAAAUCAACGAAAGAAAAUUCAGAGCCAGUUUUAAAUAUUGGCCUUGGACUUGGUGAAGCUUCAAUGUCAUUUUUAUCACUAUCUUUAAAUCAAAAAUUAAGUGAAUUGGAUGAAAUUAAAAAACGUCUUCAAUCACGAUUGGAAGAUGUAACAAGUAAUGCAUUUGAGGAUAAUGAUGACGAUGAUAUUUUUAAUAUUGAUGAAAAUGAAUUUGAAAUUCUUGAUCAAGAUUGUGAUCAUCCAGAAAUUGAUGAUGCUGUUUUGAACAAUCCAUCUUGGUUGAGACAAAAUACACAACAAGAUUCCGCUGUACUGACAAAUCAAAAUACUCCAAGUGAUAAUUCUCCAAUUUUUCAUAAUGAUGUUAAUCCAACAGACACUGGUUACUCGUCAACAACAUCAACAACAACCACAACAACAAACAUCCAAUCAACCACUCGAUCAAAUUUAAUAACAAAUGGAAAUUAUAAUUAUUACAAACAAGAUCAGUUGCCAAAAGAAAAUCACUCAAAUGGCAUUGUAAAUUCAUCAAAAUUAAAUGAAAAUACAAAUGGUAAUAAUAAUCAUGAUGAAAAUAUAAAAAUGACAAAUCAAUUUGAAAUAAAUAAUCCAAUUCGUGGUACAAAAAUGCAUAUAAGUCAUUUACUUGAACAAUUAUCUACUCAAUUGACAUCAUCACAAUCAUUGCCAAUGACAAAUCCACCAAUGAAACGUAACAUAAUGGAUCUGCUGAGUAGUUUACGUCAACAAAAUAAUAAUUAUCCAAAUGACAUGAUCAAGUGUAAUCGUGAGGCAAAUGUUAGAACAAUUCCAACACAAACUGAUGACAAUAAUAAACAAGAUACUGAAAUAAUAAAUAAUAUUGUUGACGAUGAAAUACCAGCAAAAACACAAAAAAGAGAUCAAAUAAUUGUUCAAGAUGAUGCAUCAUCAGCACUAUUGAUAAAUCCAAAUAAUCAUGUUUAUUAUUCACAAUGUGAUGCUGGUGAUUUAACGCUUGAUACAUUGCCAAAUGAUAAUUCUCCUGUUGAUAAUUAUGGCAAUACAGUUGAUGCAAAAUAUUCAGAGACAAAUUCACAUGAAAUUCUUGAACCAAAUCCAAGCUUGUCAGUACAAAGUGGUAGCUUACGUGUGACACCAACUGGUUUGUCAAAUACAAAUAUUUUUGUGAAUAAUAAUAAUGUAACUGUUAUUGAUAAUAACAAUGAUGGAAUGAUUGGUAACAGUGAGAGUAUUGAAUCAACAAAUACAAUAACAUUUGAUAAUACAAUAUUACAAACAGACAGUGAAAUUGAUGAUAACAGUUCAUUAAAUUCUUCAUUAACAACAUCAGUAUCUAAUGUGUCUAGACAAGCACCUGAUGGUGGUAAUCCAGUUGAAGAUCCAAGUAAAAUUAAUACAAUACCAAAUUAUCUUUCAGAUAAUGAUUCAUCAACAAGUUAAAAAGAUAUGUAUAUUUUUUUUUCUCAUUUUAAUAAUGUAACUGCAAUGUAAUUAUUAUUUCAUUUGUAUUUUUAAAUAUUAGAUUAGUUUUUGUUGGUGAAUAUAAUAAUUAUGAAAAAUAUAAUUAUGAAUAUUUUGAAUAUUUUUCAAUAAUUUUAAUAAUAUUUUUUAUACUAUAAUCUUACUGUAAAUAUUUUUGCUUUAAUAAUUCAUUUUUAUCAUUGAUAAAUAAAAAUUAAUAAUUGCUUUAAA